CUGGUCCUCCGGCGUUUGUUGUGACCGUUACCAUGGACUACAGGAAACGAAUAGAAAAUUGAAUACAAAACACCUCGGACCCCAUUACCAAAUAGAAAAUUGUCAGUACCCAUAAUGGAGGACUAUGCCCCAAGUCGUUAUAAAAUGCUCGAGAAAAUCGGCGAAGGUGUCCAUGGCUGCGUGUUUAAGGCCAUCGAUUUGCAGCGUAAUAAGGAGGUGGCCAUCAAAAAGGUGGCCCUGAAGAAUAAAUUCGGGAAUAUAGCGCUGAAUACUCUAAGGGAAAUUAAGACCCUGCAGCUAUGCAAGUCGGAAUAUAUUUUGAACAUCAUUGACAUAUAUCCCGACCUGACUGGUCUUUCCUUGGUGCUGGAAUACCAGCCUGACACCUUGUAUAAUCGCCUGAAGAGCGAAGUGAAUCCCCUGAGCCGCCAGCAAGUGCGAAAGUUCGCGCAUCAAAUGUUCAAGGGCAUUGCCUAUCUCCAUGAGGCGGGUCUGAUGCACCGGGACAUCAAGCCAGCCAACUUACUGAUUAGUGAUACUGAUAUGCUCAAGAUUGCCGACUUUGGGCUGGCACGUUUGUACUUUCCCGAAGAAGAGACUCGUCUUUAUUCUCCUCAAGUGUCUACAAGGUGGUAUCGAGCUCCGGAGAUUCUCUGGGGCAGCCAAAAAUAUGGCACAGGGGUGGACAUGUGGGCGGCAGGCUGCGUAAUGGCAGAAAUGCUACGAGGAGUGCCCUUGUUUGCCGGAACCACUGAUAUCGAGCAGUUGGCCAUUAUCAUUCGUACUCUGGGGAGCCCACGUCUGAAUCAGUGGCCGGAGUUGACCUCUCUGCCAGAUUACAGCAAGAUACGCUUUCCCAAUUCCGUUGGAAUUCAUUGGGACAACUUAUUUCCCAGCUGCACACAUGCUGUGGAAAUAAAUCUGGUCUCAAAUCUAGUUGUUUACAAUCCCAAAAACCGGCUUAAAGCCAGCGAGGUGGGUCCCAUUUGA